GACGGAACGAAAAAAAGGAACGAGUGAACCCCUCCUUCCUCUCCCUUGUGACCGCUGCCUGUAGCCUACUCUCCUCCUGCUAGCAAGUGCACUCUACCUUUCUUUCCCUUUCUUCUCUCCCAUCUCACGACUGCCACGAGAAUUGUCGGAAAAUAAGGGAUCUGAAAGGGGUAAUGGCUAGCAGUCGUUAUUCGACCAAGAGCUAUCGCGGAGGCAUCGGUGGUGAUGAAGGGUACGUGGCCACUAAUGAACUGGUGGACCCGGAAACACUGUAUACUAAGCAGAACCAGAUUGGUAUAAAGAAAAAACUCCUCUCCUCCUUGCCCUUACUUUCUUUGCUCCUGGCGGUACUGACAGGCGUCAUGAUGCUGGUUAGGGGGGGGUAGUUUUGGCAAGGUUUACAAGGGGUAAGCCAGGCUCCCUAUGAAGGAAACGGAGGGACGGACGAGCAGAGGGGCAGGCGAAGAAGGGAGAAAGCUCACGUAGAAUUGGUGUGCAUAGGGUCGAUAAACGCAGCGGUCAAUCGGUAGCUAUCAAGGUCAUCGACGUCGAGAACGCCGAGGACGAGGUCGACGACAUUAUUCAGGAGAUCAACAUCCUUUCGGAACUGCACUCCCCGUAUGUCACGAAGUACUAUGGGUCAUAUCUCAAGGGCUCGGAUCUGUGGAUCAUCAUGGAGUAUUGUUCCGGGGGUAGCUGUGGAGAUCUGAUGAAGCCAGGGGUCAUAGCAGAGGAUUAUAUUACGAUCAUCAUCAGGGAGUUGCUGAUGGGAUUGGAAUACCUUCAUAGCGACAACAAGCUGCAUCGGGAUAUCAAAGGUGGGCCUUCUUACUUCUCCUUGGCUUGCCUGUCUAAGCGAAUGCGUUGUCUUGGAUUGGCUAACUUGUUCCGCUCCUAGCUGCGAAUGUUUUAUUAGGGUCUAACGGGCAGGUCAAACUCGCGGAUUUCGGUGUCUCCGGACAGCUUACGGCCACCAUGACUAAGAAGAAUACUUUUGUCGGAACCCCUUUUUGGAUGGCUCCGGAAGUUAUCAAGCAAUCGGGGUACGAUCAGAAAGCGGAUAUCUGGUCUUUAGGUAUUACGGCUAUAGAAUUGGCGCUAGGGGAGCCCCCUUACUCGGAUAUCCACCCUAUGAAAGUUCUGUUCUUGAUUCCAAAAAAUCCACCACCAGUUCUUGAGGGCAACUUUUCCGACAAGUUCAAGGAGUUCGUCUCCCUGUGUUUACAACGAGACCCGCGGGAUCGCCCAACGGCAAAAGAUUUACUGAGACACCCCUUCGUCAGGAGGGCAAAAAAGACAACCUACUUAACCGAAUUGAUUGAGCGUCACGAGCGUUGGGUUAUUGAGAAUGGAAAUAAGAGUAAAAACAUGGAGGAUGACGCCAGUUCAAAGAUGGAUAGUACCAUGGAUAGCAGGUCUACGGACGAUUCGGAUGCGGAGAGCGAUCUGUGGGACUUUGGAACCGUCAGGGCUGUCGGAGGAAGCCGCAAUCCCGGAUUGAGCAGCUUAUCUGCGGCCGCCGCCAAUAUGCGGUACGUCGCACAAAGCAUUAAUCAAGGUUACGGCGAGCAAGCUGGAUCCAAGGUUGGAAGACGCCCGGUUUCCCCUCCGAGGACAGGUCCUCCUGUGCCUUCCCGGCCACCUGGGAACCCCUCCCCUACCAGGGAUGUACCGCCGGCCGCCCCACCUCACGGGCGCGGAGGGGCCAAGGAUUCUGGGUACGCUUCCACAGGGACGGUACGGGGUCUGAGCCGUCCGGCAUCUUAUCAAUCGCUUCCACCUACUACAGCAAACCAAGACUCCCUAUCUGCCUACAAAUUUCAACAGCAAAAUCCGCAGCCACAGCCGAUAUCGCCUCCCCGUAAGCCAAACUUUACGCCGGCACAGACACCUCGUCAGAGAGAGAUGGGCGUAGAUGAGACUAAUAGAAGUAUCCAGGCAGAGCUCGCUCAAGAUAUUAGUUGGAUGAACCUAGCUCGGAAUCAAGGUCCCGUUAAUGGAAUUGUCAGUAUUCCGGCAUCUGCUCCGAUGUCAAAAGACUUUUCUGGCGAUGGUUGGAUAAAAGUUGAAUUGAAUUCGGGGGUGUCAACUCCUAGUGGAUAUGGAGAUCUUAGACAAGGAUUUCCGCCUCCCCAACCCCCCUUCCACCCACCGCAGGUGGCAAGGCAAAGUUCGAACGACAUCCCUCAGGAGCAGAUAAGAAAACAAACGCAGCAUCAACAAAUGCAACCUCAUAAGAUGCCCGCCAUUGGUCCCCCACCAGGAUUGCAUCACCCCCGGCUCCAGCAGCCACCUCAACCACCCUCUCACCACCACAUCAACAAUGGCCUUAAUCAUCACCAACUUCCUCAGCUCCCACCUCCCCAGCACCAACAGCAGCAACAGCAUGGUCUUCGUCAGAUGACGCCUAAUUGUAAGGAGGCGACACCCGAACCCCCGGAGCUUACUGCGCUUGACGGCGUUAUUCUUCCUGCACUAGAAGCAGCUCUCCAACGCCGAACCUAUCACCUACAGUCGGCCAUUCGCAAAGCUCAACAAUCAUCUUCUGUGACCGCUCGCCAAACGGCCCAAGAGAAGCAGCAGGCUCAUGACAGACUCAAAAGGCUUGUUAUCAAAGCCGCUGGAAUAUUCAGAGAAAUCGAAGAAUGGGAUAGCGCAGCCCCAGUUGGGAUGGGUGGUGAAGUGAAUGGAUUUCUUGAAGGUUUUCUAGAAGAGGUCUUGGUCCGCGUGGAAGCGGAAGAAGACGACGGUAAUAACAACCACGUAGCCAGAGAGGGCGAAAACAGGUGGCGGUAGUUCGAUAUCAAAGCCCUUUUCUCUUCCCCCUCUGUUUCUUCGUUACCUUAAUUCGGGGUCCCGGGCCGUAAUUAUGGCCCGCCAGUUUUUCCUAACUUCUCUUUUGUAAAGUUUAUGUCCUUUCUUUCUUUCUUCCUCUUUUAUCGGGUGCUUGCUGGAGGCGAGUAAUGUGUUCUUUUCCUCUUGUCUUUUUUUUUAUGAUUCCCCACGCGCAAAUUUUGUGAUUGUGAUCCUUGAGAUCUGCACACUAAGGAAAUUACUGUCGUCCGGUAGGCCGAGGGAGAGAAAUCGCUGCGAGUAGUAUGAUAUGAUAGCAAAAUGGAUGAAUUGGAUGGACCGGAUGGGAGGGAAGAUUGGUCGUGGCGUUAGGCUUUCAUUGUGUUUUAGUUGAUUGGCAUUGGGUGAAGGGAAUGGAUAAGGGUGGGAAGGGGUGAAGGGGAUCAAUGGUUAGAUGAUAAUGAAACUGGUUUGCACG